AGUGUGCGACCGGUGGGCAUUUUAGGGAAACUUUACGAAGAGCCACUAAGCUCCCCGGGAGCUUUGGAGUGUGGUUACCAUGGCAGCCGCCGUUGUGGAGCAACCGCCACCGUCAGCGCUUGCCAGCGAUGUGAAGAUCGUGAAGGCGAAACCCGUCCGGAAGGUGUUUAAGGGCGCCUCGCGGGUUAUCAACAAAAUUCCGCCCGAGCUGCUUAAUGACCCGGAGCUGAACGCGGCCAUCGGCGCCCUGCCCGCGAACUACAAUUUCGAAAUCCACAAAACGAUUUGGCGUGUCCGGGAGACGAAAGCGAAGCGGGUCGCCCUCCAGAUGCCCGAGGGGCUGCUGAUGUACUCCCUGGUGAUCAGUGAUGUGAUCGAGCGGUUCACCGAGGCCGAUACGAUCGUGAUGGGCGAUGUAACGUACGGGGCGUGCUGUGUGGACGACUUCACUGCCAAGGCGCUCGGGGCCGAUCUGCUGGUUCACUACGGCCACAGCUGCCUGGUUCCGAUCGAUCAAACCACCGGCAUCAAGGUGCUGUACGUGUUCGUGGACAUCAAGAUCGAUGCGCUACACUUUGUCGAGAGCGUGAAGCUGAACUUUCCCCGUGACCGGAAGCUGGCGUUCGUCAGCACGAUCCAGUUCGUGGCCACACUGCACGCCGUGGCCAAAGAGCUGCGCGAGGCACAGUACGACGUGCUGAUACCGCAAUCGAAACCGCUAAGUCCGGGUGAAAUUUUGGGCUGCACGGCCCCGCGGCUGGCGGGCGAGGGCGAUGACGCUCGGACGUUGAUCUACCUGGGCGACGGUCGGUUUCAUCUCGAGGCGGCCAUGAUAGCGAACCCGUCGCUCGAGGCGUACAAGUACGACCCGUACGAGAAGCGGUUCACCCGCGAGCUGUACGAUCACGAGACGAUGCGCCGCAAUCGCAAGCAGGCGAUCGAUGCGGCACGCGACGCGACUUGCUUCGGUCUGAUUCUCGGCACACUCGGUCGCCAGGGAUCGACGAAGGUGCUGGAGCACCUGCAGCAGCGCCUAAAGCAUCACAACCGCCGAUCGGUCGUCAUACUGUUGUCCGAGAUCUUCCCCUCCAAGCUGGCCCUCAUGGACGGUAUCGACGCGUUCGUUCAGGUUGCCUGCCCGCGACUGUCCAUCGAUUGGGGGACGGCCUUCCCGAAACCCCUGCUGACCCCGUACGAGCUGUCCGUCGUGCUCGGUGAUGCGGAGUGGAAAAUCCCCGAAUGCACCGCGGCCAAAGAGACGAAACCGAAAACACCCCCCAAUCUGGAGGUGGCCUAUCCGAUGGAUUUCUAUGCAAACGCGAGCCUUGGCGAGUGGACGCCCAACUUCAAGAAGCUAGACAUUUGCGAAAACUCGACGGGCGGUUGCUGCGGGCGGUGUAAGGAUGAAAAGGACAAAGAGGACAAGAGACAGCCAGAUGGCGAGGAUGCGGCAGCAGAAGCCACUCCACCUGACAAGACCGGAUCAGGCGGUGACGAGAAAGAUUAAAGCGCACGGAAAUGCGUGCGAGACGAUGUGAUGGUUCGUCGUUCCACGCGAACUGCCAAGGAA